UAUUCCAUUAUAUAUGCUUCUGCUUCAAAACCAAACCAAACCAAACCAAUCCCCUUAUCUUCUUCUUCCUCCUCUCCCUCAAAAUGGAAACCUUGAGCUUCAUAAUCGGGAUCAUAGGAAAUAUCCUCUCAGUCCUGGUUUUUCUUGCUCCAAUAGAUACAUUUUGGAAAAUAGUGAAGAACAAAUCAACAGAAGAAUUUAAGAUCUUUCCUUAUGUAACAGCUUUAUUGAGUUCUUGUCAAUGGGUUUAUUAUGGAGUCAUUAGUCCCGACGGUCUACUCGUCGCCACCGUUAAUGGCUUUGGAAUCUUCGUUGAAUCCAUCUUUAUUCUCCUCUUCCUCAUUUACGCUCCCUCGAGGAUGCGGAUGAAAAGGGCAUAUUUGGUGGCAUUUCUUAACGUUGGAGUCUUUGCGACUAUAUUGUUGGUGACUCAAUUGGCCUUAGAAGAAUACGAUCGACUAAUCGUUAUAGGCUGCCUAUGUGUCGGUCUUAAUAUUAUCAUGUACGCAUCUCCUCUUUCCGCCAUAAAGACAGUAAUAACAACGAAGAGCGUUAAAUACAUGCCAUUCUACCUUUCCUUCUUCAUUUUCUUGAAUAGUGGCACUUGGGCUUUAUAUGGCUUUCUCCAAAAUGAUUUUUUCAUAUGGAUACCAAAUGGGUCUGGAUUUAUACUUGGAGCAAUACAGCUAGUGUUAUAUGCUAUUUACAGAAAUGCCACCAAGGAAAGACCUUUAGCUGAAGGAUUACUAGAGAAUGGGGUGGUAGACAAUAAUUUGAUCAUCUAGUCCCUUCUACAGACCAUUUGCAAAAUAAAGAAAUUCCAGAUUUUGAUUUCUUUUUAUUUAUUUAGUAGUCAAAUUCAGAUUUUUUUGAAUGGAUGAGAGUGAA